AUGGGUCCGUCACAAGUUCAAGUCCCUUGCUUGGAGCAGCCCAGUACUCUGAGUCCAUCACAAACCAAUUCCGAUGCCAACCCGUCCUUGAAUGCCAGCAACUUGACCGAGGUGGACAUGGGUGGCACCCAGGAGACUGUGAUUGAAGUGAUUGAAGUAGCUGAAGAUAUCACUCCGCCGGAUGCGCAAGCGCAGCCAGAACUUCACAAGAGAAAAAAUACUGACCCAGGGUUUUUGGACAUUCUCACCUCUCCAAUGGUUGAUAUUAUCGUCGGUCAAGGGGAGAACAAAACAACUCUCAAGGCCCACCAGACCCUUCUCCUCGAGUCACCCUUCAUGAAUGAAUUCAUUAGCAAGUUUGAAACAGCCGGUCCACGGCGCAUUCUACUCCCUACCGAGAACGUCGAGACAUUUGGAUGCUUCCUUCAAUUCCAAUACACUCGCGACUACACUGUGACGCAGAGUGAGUGUCCCUCAACCAAGACAGAUGACAGCGGAGAACAGUUGCUCCGUCAUGCGCGAAUCUACACACUUGCCGAGAAGUUGGGUUUGCCUCAUCUGAAGAGUCUGGCCCAUAAAAAUAUCCACAAAGUGAGGAGCACGCCAGGCGGCGAGUUGGCCUACGCCCGCUAUGUCUACACGCACACCCAACCGGAUGAUACCCCCAUCAGAAAACCGGUCGCCUCAUACUGGGCCACCCGUGGUCAUAUCCUGCGCCAUGAUCUGGAGGACCAAUUCAAAAAGCUCUGCGUCGAGGUGCCGGAUUUCGCCUUUGAUGUGCUGACCGUUGUGAUGGAUCGCAAUGAGAAAAGCUCAGAGACCGGUUCAAGUGUUCGCGAUAGUGCUAGGAAGCGUCGUCGGAGUGAGAAGUAA